UAUAACUGCAUGCGCUACCACGAGGUUAAAGUAUCUCGUUCAUAAAAGUAAGAGUUGUAAUUUAUGGUAUAGGAGGUAUAGAACACGUGUGAAUCUUUCUCUGUGUUAACCUUACUUCCAUAAAGUAUUCUCACAUUUAUUUAUCCGCUUUUAACAAUUUAACUAUGAUGAAAAAAGUCUUGGAACGUAAAAGGAAAGUAGAGUUAAAUAAGGAAAAUGUACCAGAAAUAGAAACGUUGCCAGCGAAAAGAAUGUCAGAUGAACCGCUUUCGAAAAAGGUAAAAUGGACUAACAAGCAACGGGUAUUGGUUUUCGCUAGUAGAGGAAUUAGUUACAGACAUCGUCAUCUUAUGGAUGAUUUGAAAACUCUUAUGCCUCAUCAUCGCUCUGAAUCAAAAAUGGAACGCACUAAAAAUUUACAAGUUGUAAAUGAAAUAUGUGAAAUGAAAAAUUGUAAUAAAACAAUAUUGUUUGAAGGCAGAAGAAAAAGAGAUCUCUACAUGUGGUUUUCUAAUAUUUCUGAUGGACCCAGUGCUAAAUUUCUUGUAGAAAAUAUAUCUACAAUGGGAGAAUUAAAAAUGACUGGAAAUUGUUUAAAAGGUUCUCGCCCUUUAUUAUCAUUUGAUGAAAAUUUUACCAACAAAGCACAUUACAGUCUCCUCAAAGAAUUACUAAUACAAAUAUUUGGUGUGCCCAACCAUCAGCCUAAAAGUCAACCAUUUUUCGACCAUGUAUAUACAUUUAGUAUAUUAGACAACAGGAUAUGGUUUAGAAAUUUUCAAAUUUUAACUGAAGAUGGUGGUUUAGCUGAAAUUGGUCCAAGAUUUGUUUUAAAUCCAAUCAAAAUAUAUAGUGGAAGCUUUGGAGGAGAAGCACUAUGGGAAAAUCCCACUUAUAUUUCACCAGCAAAGUUCCGUCAAUCUAUAAUUAAAAAAGCUGCUGAUAAAUAUGUAAAUAAGGUGGAACAGAAGUUAGUUCAAGAAAUCAGUAAGCCAAAAGAAUCAUAUUCUUUAAAUCCAACUGAUGAGAUAUUUAAAGGUGACCUGUUAGAAACGGCAAAAGAAUUAGAAGAAACGGAAGCAAAAAUAAUAGAAACUAAUAAACCUAAUAAAACUAAAAAACCAAAAUUAAAAAAUGAUGUUACAAAACAACUCAUAAAGAAAGUAACUGAAGCCAGUUUGAAAAAGAAAGCAGGGUUGAAAAAGAAAACAAGUUUGAAGAAAAAAACAAGUUUGGAAAAGAAAACAAGUUUGAAGAAGAAAACAAGCUUGAAGACAAAAACACGUUUGAAGAAGAAAACAAAAAAAUAAUGAAAUAAUUGUAUUUACAAUAUUUUGUAUAUUAUGCUGUAAUAAUAAUGUUUUUAUUAAAUAUAUCAUAUACUGUAAUUUUUAUUUUCUACUACCAAUACAAUAUGUAGAUUGCAUUAAGACAAAGCAUAUUAAAA